GGAUAAUAGUUACGCUGAACGGUGCCCACUGGUCACCCUAUAAAUAGUGCUCUUGUGUGUAGUAAUAUUGUAGUUCUAACACAUGUCUAAAAAUAGAAAGCUUAAAAUAGACAAUUCAUCUUUCUAUUUAGCAAUACACCAUAGAGCCUGUCACCGUCUGUAUUAUCUGAUAAUGUUAGCUGUCAUAAAAGAAAGAAGUAAAGCAUUUUUGGAAACUAUAUGGGAUUCAUGGAAAGGAAAUGCUGACGAAAAGUUUGGUACGGUGUAUGGGAAUGUUCUUUACGUAUCGGAUUAAAUGAGCUUAAAAAUUGAGGAGGAGUUGAAUGAUCAGAUAAUUAAUCUUUAUUGUAGUGUACUGCAAAAACGGACGGAUCAGUGUGUACAGAAAGUGUCCCGUGCAGAUUGUCUGAUUCUGACCUCAAUUUUUGAAGGGAGGAAAAGCGUAACUUGGUUUAAAAAGGACGAUAUACAACAGUAUGACACUGUCAUUGGGUGCAUUAAUGACGGGAAGUGUCAUUGGGUUGCUGUGGUUAUGGAUGUCCAACACCAUAUUGUGACAAUUAUGGACCCGCUCAAAAUAUCAAAGAAAUUGAGAACAUAUGAAAAGAAUUUCAACUACUUCACUAAAAGCAGAGAUCUUGGUACAUGGACAAUCUGUACAGCAGUUGGGUAUCCUCUGCAAAAUGAUUUUAGCUCAUGUGGUGUUUAUUGUUUGAAGUUCCUCGACCGAUACCUAAGUAAGACAGAUACAUCUUUGGAAUUAAACGUCCAAGCUGAAAGAUUCACAAUUGGCAGUGAAAUUGUUCAAGCUGUGCAAACAAAAGGUGCUGUUAUUACAUGCUUCUUGUGUGCUAAAGAACCAACUAACAUGAGAGCAUGUUCAUGCUGUAAAAGGAAUUUCCACAAAAAGUGUAUGACUCCAGGACUAUGCAGUCUGUGCUCAAUUUUUCCACCUGGUGAGUGCAAUAGAAAAUUCUACCAUUUCUAUUUUUUUUUUAAAACAUUCAAAGAGAGGAAAAAAGAACAACAACAGAAGUCCAUACAAAUUUUAGAUGAGAAUGAAAGUUUUAGACAAUCAAAGAAAGACAAAAAAGAAGAAGAACAGGAGUCCUCAGAAAAUGUAGAUCAGAGUGAAAAUUUGAGACAAUCAAAGAAAGACAAAAAAGAAGAAGAACAGAAGUCCUCAGAAAAUGUAGAUGAGAGUGGAAACGUAAGACAAUCGAAGAGAAGAAAAAAAGAACAAGAAAAGAAGUCCUCAGAAAAUGUAGAUGAAAGUGAAAAUGUGAGAAAUUUGAAGAGGGUGAAAAAAGAAGAACAGAAGUCAACAGAAAAUGAAGAUGAAAGUGGAAAUGUAAGACAAUCGAAGAGAAGGAAAAAAGAACAAGAACAGUCACUAGAAAAUGUAGAUAAAAGAGAACAUGCUAGAAAAUCAAAGAGAGGGAAAAAAGAAGAAAAACAGUAGAUAAUGUUAGACAACCGAAGAUCCAGAAAAAAGAUGAAGAUCAGAAGUCAACAGAAAAUGUAGAUGAGAGUGGUACAAGUGAGACGACGGAUUGGAAUGAGAUUACUUCUUUUGAGGAGUUUAGGAUUGCAAACAUUAGACCUGUGAGAAGUAGACUACAGUCAAUGAAAACAAACAAAACGGAGAAAAGAAUGAUUUAUAUGGUGAAGGGAGAUGAAAUCACGGCCAGAGUCCAGGGACCAGACAGAAUGUCAGUUCACCAGAUAGGUGAUUACUUGACAAUAGGGAAAUCAAAUA